AUCUGUCAUUGUCUAAAAUCUUAAAUUUACUUUUCUAUAGACUAUAGCUAUGAAAUUUCCACGAAAUUUGUCUAGCUAGGUACUAAUUCAAGCAAAACUUUAAUAGCUAAAUUCCUAAAAUCCCUUGAGAAUAGUCUUAAUUUCUCACAAAACAAAACACACAACAAAAUGUAUGAUAGUUCUCUCUUUGGGCUCUUGCAGAUGUUGUAUGAGACACUGAAGAACGAGGCGAAAUUCUUGUCAAACGUUGGCAAUCAAAUUGCAGACAUUCGCGCUGAAAUAAACCGAAUACACUGCUUCUUACAAGAUGCAGAUGCUAAAAAAACCGAAUAUGAAACAGUUCGGAAUUGGAUAGCUGAUAUAAGGGAAGUUGCAUAUGAUGUAGAGAAUAUACUUGAGAAGUACAUGCAUAAGAUUGCGAUGAGAAAGGAUCGAUCGAUAUGGAAAGAGAAUAUAGCUCUACAUAACAUAGGUAUGGAAACAAAAGAUGUUAUGUCAAGAAUUGAAAACAUAAAAAGAUGUAUGAACACUUAUGUUGAUACUGGAAUAAGAGCUAUUUGUCAAGGAGAAUCCUCCGCGGAGAAAAGUCAGUGGCUAACGAGGUCUUACUCUCAUCUUGUCGAUGAAGAUUUUGUUGGAUUAGAAAAGGAGAUGAGUAAGUUGGUUGAUGAGUUGAUCAAUGAAGAAAAUGAUGAGUUUCAUGGAGUUUUCGCGAUAUGUGGAAUGGGAGGUCUAGGGAAAACAACACAAGCGCGAAAGGCAUAUCGUCAUGUUGAUGUACAAAGUCAUUUUCAAGGUUUUGCUUGGGCUAGUAUUUCAAAACAAUGGCAAGCAAGAGAUGUUUUGCAAAGCAUACUCACAAAACUUGAACCAGAAAACAGAAAACAGAUUAACAAGAUGAGGGAUGACGAGCUCGUUAAGGCACUUUACAAUGUUCAACAGAGGAAAAAAUGUCUUAUUGUGUUGGAUGAUAUAUGGUCAACAAAUUUCUGGAAUAGCGUACAGUACGCUUUUCCAAAGGGGAAAGGAAGUAGAAGCAAGAUUUUGAUCACAACGCGCAAGAAGGACGUGUGUGAACACAUAGAUCCGACAUGUUUCCUCUUCGAACCAAGAUGUUUGGAUGCUGAGGAAAGUUGGAAGUUACUUCAUAAGAAAGCAUUCCCCAGAGUGAAUACUCCAGAUUUAAAAAUCGAUUUGGAAUUAGACAGGCUUGGAAAGGAAAUGGUCCGUGAGUGUGGAGGGUUGCCUUUAGCCAUUAUUGUACUUGCUGGACUUUUGGCUAGAAGACCGAAAAUAGAUGAGUGGAGAAGAACGAGUCAACACCUUAACUUCCACAUGAGUGGUGAAAGUUUUGAAGAUGACGGAGGAAUUCAUGGCGUCCUGGCUUUAAGUUAUUAUGAUUUACCGUAUCAGCUUAAGCAGUGUUUUCUGUACUUGGGCAACUUUCCGGAGGGUGAAAAGAUUUCUGCACGAAGGUUGUAUCAGCUAUGGGCUGCUGAAGAAAUUAUACCAUUGGAAGGUAACCAAGGAGAGGAGACAGCGAUGAUGGAGAUAGGGGAGCGUUAUCUGCACGAGUUAGCUCAAAGGUACAUGGUUCAGGUGCAACUAGAGGAAACAAUCGGAAGGAUCAAAUCUUGUCGACUUCAUGAUCUCAUGAGAGAUACAUGUUUGUCAAAAGCAAAGGAGGAAAACUUUCUCAAGACAGUUUCUCCUCAGCAUUUGCAUCAACCGAUGCCCUGCGCUUCUUCAGCUAAAGCAUCAUCAACACGCACAGUACGCAGACUAUCUAUCAUCGUAGACAACAAUGAUGUUCAGAACUAUUUCUCUACUAAUGAUAAGUCAUUUCAGCAUGUUAGAUCAGCUUUGUUCUUUCCGAGAAGGACCGGACGCGAAGGCACAGCGUAUCCCCUGCCUAUAUUCCAAGGUCUAUGCAAUAACUUCACAAUGUUGAGAGUUUUGCAUCUCGAGAAGUUCUCUUUCGAGGAAAUUCUACCCAGAGCAAUUGGUAAUUUGGUGCACUUGAGAUACCUGAGCUUAAGACAUUCACAUUUUCAAAGACUGCCAUCGUCCGUAGGUAAUCUUAAGUAUCUACAAACACUUGAUUUGAGGGUGAAUUUCUUCUCGUACUUGACUUUGCCAAGUACUAUACCGAAGCUGCAAAACUUGCGGAACUUAUAUUUGCCUCCUUCACAUCAGAACACAUACAAGUUGGAGCUGAGUCCUUUAAGCAACUUGGAAAUGCUGAAGAACUUCGAUACGCAGGUUUCUCCUUUUAGAGAUCUCUUCAAGUUAGCAAAACUACAGAAACUAGCAGCCGUUCUCUCACUGGAGUUUGACGAGAUGAAAGAGAUCAUCACCCACCUCAUGCUCAGAAUGGGGAGACUUAGGGAAACAUCUUUCCGCAUUUACUACAAUUUUCAUUCGGAAAAAGAUCUUACCCUUCUGAAGCAACUGUUAGGUUGUGACCAUCUCCGUAAGUUAGAUCUAAUCGGACAUAUCAGUAAGCUACCAGAACACCACUUCUUUUCACAAAGCCUCACCAAGUUAACCUUGAGAAGGAGUGGACUUCAAGAAGACCCUAUGGUUAUUCUACAGAAGUUGCCUAAACUAUUUACCUUAUCAUUACGUGGAAACGCGUACACUGGCAAGGUAAUGUGUUGUUCUCCACAAGGAUUUCCCCUCCUCAAAACUCUUAAACUCCAAGGGCUGCCAAACUUAGAAACCUGGAGGGUCGAGACAGGCGCCAUGCCUAAUCUAGUUCAUCUAGAAAUCGAAGACUGCAAGAAAUUGGAGAAGGUUCCCGAUGGAUUGAGAUAUCUAACUAAAAUACAGGAGAUAACGAUUAUAGACAUGCCGGACACCUUCCAAAACAGGCUUCAAGAGGUUCAAGGCGAAGACUUCAAAGUUCAGUUCAGGAAAUUUUUUGACGCGAAGAAGUUUCCCAAGAUUAAAUCCAGAAUGAUAUUUUCAGGACAUAUGUUUAGCGGAUUAUUGCAGACGAUUUGUCCAUCAACAGUACCACAGGAAUGGAAGAAGCUAUAAGAAGUUCAUGCAUCUGUUGAUGGUUGGCCUAUUAUGCAUUUCAAGCAAGACAUGAACAAAGCAUGGCAGGUUGCAAGGCUGUACAGUCAAUAGAUUCUACGCUAUGUUGCCCGCUCUUCAAAAAAUGUUGUCAAAUAAGCAGUUUUCCAACCUCAUGUAAACUUUUAUAUGUCUCUCUUUUAGUCAUUUCUCUUAAUUACAUUAUUACGGUCCAUAAUGAAAGUACACAGAUCAAUUCAAACAUCUAAUUAAUUAUUAAGAAUGAACUCAACUUUGUGUAUUAUAUCUCUUUUAUUAAUACGUAAAUUAAAACUAAAAAAAGAAAUUCCUGCAGAAGAACCUCAAUCGAUGACCUCAUGUAUCCAACCCAACGAAGGCACAAUUCAACAUUAAAUCAUGUAAAUCCAACAAUUAACUCAUGUGAAUUAAAACGGAACAAUUACUUCAUAAGAAAAAAAAAUUCAAAAUAAUUCCAUUCCAAACUCUUGUUUAAUUGUAGUCUGAAAAGCAA